GUCAAUAUAAGGGGACGGCCUUUUACCUCCAUGUCAAACUAUCUAUUAGCAUCAAUCCAGACUUGUCUACCAAGUUAAAUAUUCCAGCGAUUCUCACCAAAGGCACCAGCUCUAUAAGCAGAAAGCUUAGCCAAGUUAUAAAUAUGCUUAGUAUCAAAGGUAUCAGCGAAUAUGCAGAAGCAAUCUAUGAUCCCACUCCGUAUGCCCAGGAUGCUGUCGCCAUGGCGCAACAAGCAUUCAAUCAACCAACGUACGGAGUCGGGGGGGUGCUCCUUGACAACGAUACGGGGGCAAUACUUUAUCAGAUGCACAACAAUGUGAUCACGGAAAACGCCAUUAAUGACCCAACGGCACACGGGGAAAGGCAGAUAAUCUAUUGGUACCUCAAACAUGCCGCAGCGCUGCCAGAGCCCAGUAAAUUAACUGUCGUGACAACAUUGGAUCCAUGUGUCAUGUGUACUGGAGCUUUUCUAGCAACGGGCAUCAACGUGGUGACUAUGUCAUAUGAUGCCAAUGCCGGAAUUAACUGGAAUCAGAAGUGGAACUUCCAGGGCCUCCCUGCCAAUCUUCGUGAGCAAGCGCAACAGCAGUUUUCAUACUUUGCUGUCCCUGAAUUGCAACUGAACUGGCAGGGACCAAAAAGGAGCGUCUUCUACGAGAAAGCUAUUUCUGGGCAACUCAGUCAGGCUGCAGCUGCUGCAUUUGCUGAUAGUCUGCCCAAGAUCGGACCCAUAUUUGCAAGCGAGGAUCCUACGCCUCUCAACAUUCGCACGCUUGGGCCAGAUAGCCCACAAAAGCGACUCCUGAGCCAGAAGUGGCCCCUAGCGGCCAUAUAUACCACUAAUAUCAGCAAAGUAUCAGGCCGGGCUAAGCUUUGGGCUCUGAUGUCCGCUAUUGGUCUAGGCAAUUCGGCAGCAUUAAUUGAUCCUUUCGAUAAUUUGUUGAUGGUCAUGUCUGGUGGGCCCUUCAUUAUCAAUACCCCUUUGUUCAACCUUAUCCAAGCAUAUACAGAUGUCCGUCGAGCAACCCAGAGUCCAGGAGGAGCAUCAGCUACUGACGGCCAUGUUCCUCACCCAAAACGAUGCAAAAUAGUACUUUUCAAGGGACCUGGUACACAAGCUACCGACAUUAUGGAUUUGGGAAUCUAUGGCUCAAGCUUGAAUAGCCCAAAUCAGAGUGGCGGAGGCUUGUUUUACUUCAAAGCUACACAGUCUCCGGAAAGCUUAGCCUCUAUGAUUCAGGAACUGCCGCCCCUCUACCCGACAGAGCUCGAAAUUACCGCUCAGCAAUUGCCCCCAAUCACUCGACCUGACGUUACUGCAAAGACCGAUGACAAUAUGUUUAUCCAGUCUAGGCUGUAAGGCUACUAGAGGUUCAGAACUUAAGGGAAAGAAUUUGAGAAAUUGUCUGUUUUAUUUGCAGUGGAGCCUUUUGGCCCAAAGCUUGUCUUCACAUUUUGACUUAGUAAAACCUUACAGAGCUUCCAUAUUUAUUCUGUUUUAAAUUUUAAUUUAGGACUAUUCCUUGCAAUUUCUUCUUUA